CUCCGGUUCAAACAAACCAGCGCGAGCCUCUGCAAACAGAAGACACAACGUUUUCACGCUCUCCCCGGUUAUUUCACAAGUAUUUUUGAACCUGAAAACCUGUCUGCGUCAGACUGCUGAGUUUAAGCAGGUGUAUUGUGUUCGCUGAUGUAUUGUGAUUGAGGGGAAGCAUGCAGAUUCAGAAUCCCAGCAGCGAAGCCAUACGGUGGACCAGCCACUGAAGACGGUCCUUAAACUAUCCCAAAGACUUGCACAAGACAUCCAAAAGUGGAAUCCCUUUAAACCAAACACCUACGGACAAGUGUGGGUGUGUAAGAAACAAAACAGACAGUGUGUGUGUGAGAGUGUGUGUGUUUUGCCAUGGCCUUCACACUUUCGGAAAUCAUGGCAGCCCGACGACAGCAGCAACAGUCUCAGAGAGGAGGACGAGGAGUGGUAGAGGUGGACGAAUACAGCGCCAACCCGACUCAAGCCUUCACUUUCUACAAUAUCAACCAGGGCCGUUUCCAGCCACCCCAUGUCCACAUGGUAGAUCCUAUAGCCCAUGACACCCCCAAGCCCCCGGGCUACACGCGGUUUGUCUGCAUCUCCGACACACACUCGCGCACUGACACUAUUCAGAUGCCGUACGGUGACGUCUUACUGCACGCUGGAGACUUCACAGAGCUCGGCCUGCCCAGUGAAGUCAAGAAGUUUAACGACUGGCUCGGCACUCUACCCUAUGAGAUAAAAAUCGUUAUCGCCGGCAACCACGAGCUGACGUUUGACCAGGAGUUUAUGGCCGACCUGAUAAAGCAGGAUUUCUACUACUUUCCCUCGGCCUCCAAACUCAAACCGGAGAACUAUGAAAACGUGCAGUCACUGCUCACCAACUGCAUCUACCUGCAGGACUCUGAUGUGACUGUCAGGGGCUUCCGCAUCUAUGGCUCACCCUGGCAGCCAUGGUACUACGGCUGGGGUUUUAAUCUACCACGAGGACAAGCUCUGCUGGACAAGUGGAAUCAGAUCCCAGACUCAACGGAUAUUCUUCUCACACACUGCCCUCCUCUGGGUUUUUUAGACUGGGUGCCCAGAAAGAUGCAGCGUGUUGGCUGUAUGGAGCUAUUGAACACCGUCCAGAGGAGAGUUCAGCCCAAACUGCAUGUAUUUGGACACAUUCAUGAAGGCUACGGUGUGAUGACCGACGGAACCACCACAUUUGUUAAUGCCUCUGCGUGCACAGUGAACUUCCAGCCUAUGAACCCGCCCAUUGUUUUUGACCUGCCCAAUCCCCGGAGCUCAUGAUUGAACUAAGACCCGCCCCUUUCCUUUAAUCAGGGUCUCGUUUCGAGCGUAUACAGAUGCUGUGUAGUGUAAAUAAAGCGGGCAAGAGAUGCUAAUUUGGAUAUUCCCAAGGAUAUUUACAUCCAUUUUUUUGUGCCAUGUGACACACGGGACGUUUGAACUCUUUUUCUGAAUUGAAAUCUUACGUUGCACUUGAAUCAGCGUGACAAUCGUGUGUACUUCAAAGUCAUGGAAGCCAAUCAGUGCUUGGAUGAUGCGAAGUCAAGCAUUUCCUCAUUAUAAGGCACUUAUUUAAGGAACUUUGUAACCUUGUAGCCUCAAUGGACCUCUGGUUAGCUCUGGAUCCGCUCUUGAAAGUUACAGGAUGUGUCCAGGGGAAACUGUGCUAUGGUGCAAAACAAGUUUGUUCAGGGUCUUUAACAUUUUCCUCUUUCUCUCUCUCUCUCUCUCUCUUUCUCAGAGUCUCAGUCUUUCAUCCUACUUUUUCCUAUUGGCUCUGUUAUAUGUUGCUCUUUUGAACUUGGGGCCAUGUUGGAUCAUACACUGAGAGAAAUGCAUUUAAAACACCCUGAACAACAGGAAUGUAAGAUUUUAAAUAUUGAUGGUAAAAAAUGAAAUGAAAUAUAUGUCCCUGUGUUCUCCACUUUUCCAUGCCUUCUUUUCUUGUUCGAUUUACUGUAAACGUGUAAAACUGUGAGUGUGUUUUCAAGCAAACGGUCCUUUGCUAAAGCAGCGUGGACUUUCUACUGUAGUUUGAAGUGUUUGUUUAAGGUCAAAUAUUUAAAAGUUCUUCUAAAGCGCCGUCGCUAGCGUUCCUCCUCCGAAUAUCAAAGACUCGUCAUUCAAGCGAAGUGCGCUUUUUGCAUUACAAGAAUAUGUUGCACUUUGAUCCACAUGCUCCCCACUAUAAUUUAUUAACAUUCCUCCUGGCGAUAAUUUACUCCUAUGUGUUUUGCAGCUCUUCAGCAUUAACUGUGUGUGGCAUUAGGCCUAAUAUGACGGUUCUGUAAGAUGUGCAGAGGGUUUUCAUCUCCUCCAUAUAAAUGGGUGAAUAAAAAUGAGCAAAUCGAACAAAUUAUCACUCUGCGUGUGUGUGUGUGUGUGCGUCAGUGGGCUCCUGCGUGUGUGAACGCGAUCAAUUGCUUCUCUUUCAUAGCCUGAGGAAAAGAAAGAAUCAGAGGACGGAGAGAUCGAAGAGAUAAAAAGAAAAAAAUAUUGGAAACGCCAACUAGGAAGGAUGAGCUGAUGUCUGGGAGACGGAUCUUUAUUUAUUUUUAAAGGUUUUUUUUUUUUGCUGUUUGUACACUUGUUUGCAUUCGGUCAGAGGUGCUUCACGCUCUCUUGUGGUUUUCCUCUGUUUUUUUCCCCACUCUCUGUUCAUUCAUGCCUGUAUUUGGGCCUUUUCUUUGAAGACGUUGUCAUCAGGUUUACUGCUGUGCUCCAGUUAUUUUUUUCACAGCAUGCUGUUCUGAAUUGCCAAACCUAUUUUGUGGGUUGUUUGUUAAUUCAUUGUGUUGUGAAGUUUCAGUGCUGAAGAUAUGAUUUGGGAGUUUUUACCUGUU